CAGCGGUGCAAGGUUUUGGCGCCAAAUUGGAAAUUGGAUCCACGCUAUAAUAAAACAGGGAAUGGCCAGAGCAAAGCCAAACUCCCUGUGGCCGCCUUCAAUAGUCUUCCUGGGGAGGGGGGAACCUGCCUGGAGCCCCCGAAUGAGAUUCCGAUGUUAAACACCCUCCCAGCAGCGAUCUGCUUUGGAAACCAGGCUGUGGCAUUUUAAACGGCGGGAAAAUUAAGCACAGCACUUUUUCCUUUCAAAAUGGCCACCACAAGCUUUGGAGCAGCACCGGAGAACUUUCGGCAAUCCGGAUAGCUCAGUAGAACCUCUGGGGCUAGAAACAGUCCUCCGACAGCGUCUGGGGGCUCCCUAACCUUCCUACCUGCCCCCUGAGCUCGCCAGCGGCCGCUGAUGAACCUCCCGGUGGUGCCUCAACCGCAGUGGUCGCGAAAGGCAGCCUCGCUCCAAGCUGCCUGUUCAGCGCGUCAGGAAGGCUGUAUGAGAAAGUUUUCACUUGCAGGAAAAAAUAAUAAAACCCUAAUGCUUCCUAAACUAUCCACUGACAACAAAAAUAAAACAUUAGGCUACACUAGACUGUUUGGAUGGUCCAACUUGCUGUCCAAGAACUGUCCAAUUCUCCCCAUAUUGUUGACUGUCUUCUAACAGCAUUCCAGAUAUUUCACCAGAGAGGGAGGUGCCCACAUAUGGCUAACUACAUAUAUGCGUUUUAUAUACUUUUAGAUAGUUCUACUCCACAGGGUAGAUAUUUGUGGAGAUAGCUCCUAAAACAUCAGUAUAUUGGUAUCUACUACUGAUACUUUCUGAGCGUUAAUGUAACAUUUCACUCAAGCAUUGAUUGAAAAAUCUGCUAAUUUUUACAAGGGAGUUCCUGUUCAGUAACAUGUAGAGCAGUUCAAAGAAUUGCCACCAAGUAAAAUGCACUUCUGAAAAAUGUGAAUUUUGUUAUUCUGCAGAUACCGAGUGGCAAUCUAGGUAUGUUUGGCAAUAGCGGAGCAGCACAAGCCAGGACCAUGCAACAGCCGCAGCAACCGCCAGUGCAACCUCUUAACUCAUCCCAGCCUAGUCUUCGUGCUCAAGUGCCUCAGUUUCUCUCCCCUCAGGUUCAAGCACAGCUUUUGCAGUUUGCAGCAAAAAACAUUGGUCUCAAUCCUGCACUAUUAACCUCGCCAAUUAAUCCUCAGCAUAUGACGAUGUUGAACCAGCUCUAUCAGCUGCAGCUGGCAUACCAACGUUUACAAAUCCAGCAGCAAAUGUUACAGGCUCAGCGUAACGUUUCCGGACCCAUCAGACAACAGGAGCAGCAAGUUGCACGUACAAUCAAUAACAUGCAGCAGCAAAUUCAGCAGCACCAGCGCCAGCUGGCCCAGGCCCUGCUUAUGAAGCAGCAGCCGCCCCCUCCACACCUAUCUUUGCACCCCUCUGCAGGCAAAUCAGCCAUGGAUAACUUUUCACCCCAUCCCCAAGCUCCUGGCCUAUCUGAUCUGCAGACCAAAGAGCAACAGUCUUCACCGAACACCUUUGCUCCUUACCCCCUUGCUGGAUUGAACCCAAACAUGAAUGUAAACAGUAUGGACAUUCCUGGUGGUUUGUCAGUGAAGGAUACUUCUCAGUCCCAGUCUCGCCUUCCUCAGUGGACACACCCCAAUUCAAUGGAUAACCUUUCCAGUGCUGCUUCUCCACUUGACCAGAACCCUAGCAAGCAUGGUGCUAUCCCUGGAGGUCUGAGUAUCGGCCCUCCAGGAAAGUCCUCCAUUGAUGAUUCUUAUGGCCGGUAUGAUCUUAUUCAAAAUAGCGAAUCACCAGCCAGUCCUCCUGUAGCUGUUCCUCAUAGCUGGUCACGUGCCAAAUCUGAUAAUGAUAAAAUCUCCAAUGGCUCCAGCAUCAAUUGGCCACCAGAAUUUCAUCCUGGAGUACCAUGGAAAGGAUUACAAAAUAUUGACCCUGAAAAUGAUCCUGAUGUUACCCCUGGAAGUGUUCCUACAGGUCCUACAAUUAACACCACUAUACAGGAUGUCAAUCGCUACUUACUCAAAAGUGGAGGGUCAUCCCCAACAUCAUCUCAGAAUGCCACGCUGCCUUCAUCGAGUGCCUGGCCACUUAGUGCCUCCGGCUACAGUAGCUCUUUCAGCAGCAUUGCAGGUAAAUUGUCAGACAUCAAAUCAACAUGGUCUUCUGGUCCAAUUUCUCACACACAAGCCUCUUUGUCACAUGAACUCUGGAAGGUUCCCAGGAACACUACAGCUCCUACAAGACCACCUCCAGGCUUAACAAACACCAAGCCAUCGUCUACCUGGGGUGCCAGCCCAUUGGGUUGGACCAGCUCUUACUCCUCUGGUAUUCCUGAGUUCUUUCUUCUUCUUUUGACUUAACUGCAUCGAUUAUAUCUGCUUUUCUUUAA